AUGGCGGCCAAGGGCUCAGAGCCCUGGGGAAAGAAUCCCUAUUACUUCUAUCCCGAUCCUUAUGCCGCGUACAUGGUUCAUGAAAGUCUCUACAACUAUCGGCCAGGAGGCUUCCACCCCGUAAACCUCGGCGACACGCUUCAGGAUGGCCGUUACGUGAUCCGCCACAAGCUCGGGUACGGUGGAUUUUCAACCGUCUGGCUUGCACGAGACACACAGGAGGGCCAAUGGGUCUCCAUCAAAAUCAAAACGGCCGAGGCGUCGACAGAGACACCAGAACAAGACCCAGAAGCCAAGAUCAGCUUGGACCUAGAACGCCACUACAGCUCAUCAGCCCAGGCUGAAGAGAAGCCAAGAUGCUUUGCACGCCUCCUCGACUGCUUCCGCGUGACCGGCCCCAACGGCACUCACAACUGCCUCGUUACCGAGCUCCUCGGACCCACCGUCGACGAAGUGCUCGAGACCUUCAAAGAAAACAGCCUCACCCUCCGACCCGACACCAUCCUCCGCGCAUCCCGACAACUCCUUGACGCAGUCGACUUCAUCCACCAAGCAGGACUCGCACACGGCGACCUCUCCUACACCAACGUCGCCUUCACCUGCAAAUCGGCCGCCGCCUCCGAAGAAGACCUGAUCGACGCCAUGGGCGGCGAGCCGGCGACGGUGGCGGCCGAGGCCGGCGCCGACGCGCCCCUGCCGCCCAACCUGCCGCGCCACAUGGUGCAGGCCACCGGCUGGCCCUCGUGGUUUGAGGAGGUCGACGAGGAUAUCUGCGUGCUGGACUGGGGCUUGGUGUUUCCCAGGGGGGAGCGGCUGGCCGAGUUGGCGCAGCCGAAGACGCUGAGGGUGCCGGAGACGUUUUUUUGGGAGGGGGGGUUUGAUUGGAGGGUGGAUUUGUGGAGGGCGGGGUGUGUGAUUUACGGCUUGUUCUACCAGAAAGAGCUUUGCCGGUAUGGCGGCAGGGAGAACUUGCUGAUUCAUGAGCUGGUCAUGAGGCUGGGGCCGCUCCCUGCGAACUGGCAAGCAAAGUGGGACGAGAUGCUGAAAAACGACCCAGACGCGGGAGAAGAUGCAUCCGUCGUCCCACCCGACCAGGUCACGGAAACCUUCGAGCCCCGUCGUCGCGCCAUCAUGUCGGCGUGCGCUAAUGAUGAACAAAACGAGUACGAGGAAGAUGAGCAUACACCCCGCGACUACGAGGGGCUCGAGUGCCUGAAGCGGGUCAUUCUGGGCCUUUUGCAGUACGAGCCGGAGAAGAGGGUGGGGGCUAAUGUGGCCUCGUCGUGGAUAACCGAGGCAUGGACAGACCACCGGAGGCUAGAGAGGGAAGCAGAGGGUGACGAAGAGGGCGAGGAUGAUGAGGACGAGGAUGAUGCGGUAAAUUCAGAGGUAGACGAGUGA